AUCCGUAAUAAGAGUGGAUUAGUAUUUGAUGGGGAAUAAUUGUGUUGGACCCAAUCUACGUAAUAAUGGGUUCUUGCAAUCUGUUACAGCAGCAGUCUGGAAACCUAGACAAGUUGACGAUAAUCUUCAUGAUGACAGCAAUACCAAUUCAUUUUCACAGGAGAAGACGGGAGAUUCAGCAUCAGUAACCAAAAAUGGAGGAGCUGAUUCUACGUUGCAUGUUCAAAGCACUCCUCCUGAACACAUUACUAUAGCUGGAGAGACAAAGUCUAUGAAGCGUGAGUUAACAAUUGAGCGAGGGGAGGGAAACAAGAGCAUGGCAAAGCAUGUUAAGCGGUUGCCAAGUGCAGGGCUUAAAGUUCAGUCUGUUCUUCAAAAGAAAACUGCCAACAUGAAGGAGGUUUAUACUGUUGGGAAGAAGCUUGGACAAGGGCAAUUCGGAACGACUUUCCUGUGUGUGGAGAAGGAAAAUGGGAAGGAAUUUGCUUGCAAAACUAUUGAGAAAAGGAAGUUGACAACAAGCGAAGAUGUGGAGGAUGUCAGAAGGGAGAUUCAGAUAAUGCACCAUUUGGCUGGUCAUCCAAAUGUGAUAUCAAUUGUGGGUGCCCAUGAGGAUGCAGUGGCCGUUCAUGUUAUUAUGGAUCUAUGUGCUGGUGGGGAGCUUUUCGAUAGAAUUAUUCAAAGGGGGCAUUAUACGGAGAAAAAGGCAGCAGAAUUAGCAAGGACUAUAGUUGGUGUUGUGGAGGCAUGUCAUUCCUUAGGAGUGAUGCAUAGGGAUUUGAAGCCAGAGAAUUUUCUCUUUGUCGGAAAGGACGAGGACUCUACGCUUAAAUCGAUUGAUUUUGGUCUCUCUGUGUUCUUCAGGCCAGGUGAAAUCUUCACUGAUGUGGUUGGAAGCCCUUACUAUGUUGCUCCAGAAGUUCUAAAGAAAUACUAUGGUCUUGAAUGUGAUGUUUGGAGUGCUGGGGUCAUCAUUUACAUCUUGCUGAGUGGGGUCCCACCUUUCUGGGAUGAAACCGAGCAAGGAAUUUUUGAGCAGGUCUUAAGAGGUGAUCUUGAUUUUGUUUCGGAACCGUGGCCAAGUAUAUCAGACAGUGCUAAAGAUCUAGUUAAGAGGAUGCUUGUAAGAGAUCCCAAAAGGCGCCUGACAGCACAUGGAGUUCUUUGCCAUCCUUGGAUUCAGGUUAAUGGUGCUGCUCCUGAUAAACCCCUAGAUUCGGCUGUUCUAUCUCGAUUAAAGCAAUUCUCUGCCAUGAAUAAACUAAAGAAGAUAGCAAUCAGAGUGAUUGCAGAAAGUCUGUCUGAAGAAGAAAUUGCAGGAUUAAAAGAAAUGUUUAAGAUGAUAGAUACAGACAAUAGUGGGCAUAUCACUCUUGUGGAACUGAAAAAGGGUCUGGAAAGAGUGGGAGCUAAGCUCAAAGAUUCAGACAUCAACAGCUUAAUGCAAGCGGCGGAUUUUGACAACAGUGGCACAAUCGACUAUGGUGAAUUUGUAGCGGCCAUGCUCCACUUAAACAAAGUGCAGAAAGAGGAUCAUGUAUUCGCAGCUUUCUCCUAUUUCGACAAAGAUGGAAGUGGAUACAUCACUCAAGAUGAGCUCCAACAGGCUUGUGAACAAUUUGGUCUCGGAAAUGUUCAAUUGGAAGAUAUUAUACGUGAAGUUGAUCAAGACAAUGAUGGCCGAAUUGAUUACAAUGAAUUUGUAGCCAUGAUGCAUGAUAACAGUUUGAAGGGAAAUGAUUCAUAGUAUUAUUUCAGUAUAAACACUAUGGGUACUUGUAAAAAAAGGAAAAACCGGAACGAUGGUUUUGUUCACUCGUACUAGAAUUAGAUGAUUUGCAGCUCAUGUAGUUAAUGAAGAAGUGGCUUGAACCGAGUACCGACAUAUGCUCCAUUUUACAAGCAACUCUGUACAUCGCUUAACAUUGCUGUUUUGGGGACGUCAUAGAAUUUAGUAUUUUCCUGAAAUGAGAUUUUUUUCUUCUUCUAAA